AAUCAAACCACGACGCGAUCUGAACGUUCCCGUUCACAUCCCCACAUCUUCGCUCUGUUACCCUGCGCGCAGGAUUGAGUCAGACUUCACUGAACCAACUCGCCCCCGCGGAUCGGACGUUUAUACCUCCCGAGGCAACUCGGUGUUGAGGCUUCGUGGCUUCAGAUCUGUCGCUUGAGCUCGCCGUGAAAAAAAAACAAAAAAAACUGGGAAUGGCUUCCUCGGAAGUCGAUUCCCGACUGAGCCGAGUCGUAACGCCAGCUCUAGAGAAGAUCGUCAAGAACGCUUCGUGGCGUAAACACUCCAAGCUCGCCGCCGAGUGCAAAUCCGUCAUCGAGCUGCUCAAUUCGCCGCGGAAAUCGCCCGAUCCCGACGAUUCCUCCUCCUCCUCCGUUCCUCCAGGUCCGCUUAACGACGGCGGCUCGGUGGAAUACUCGCUCGCCGACUCCGAACACAUCUUCGCCCCUCUGAUCAACGCCUGCGGCACCGGCCUGGUGAAGAUCGUCGAGCCUGCGAUCGACUGCGUUCAGAAACUCAUCGCGCACGGCUACAUUCGCGGCGAAUCGGAUCCGUCGGGUGGAGCUGAGUCAAUCCUCUUGUUUAAACUGAUCGAGUCUGUUUGUAAGUGCCACGAUCUAGGAGACGAAGCGAUUGAGCUGCCUGUGCUCAAGACUCUGUUAUCAGCGAUCAACUCCAUCUCCCUGAGGAUCCACGGGGACUGUUUGCUUCUGAUCGUGCGCACGUGCUACGAUAUUUACUUGGGAAGCAAAAACGUGGUGAAUCAGACGACUGCUAAGGCGUCUCUGAUUCAGAUAUUAGUGAUUGUGUUUCGGAGAAUGGAGGCGGAUUCAUCAACCGCCCCCAUUCAGCCGAUUGUAGUGGCUGAGCUAAUGCAGCCGGUUGAGAAAUCUGAUGCGGAUGGGACGAUGACGCAGUUUGUUCAGGGCUUCAUCACCAAGAUUAUGCAGGAUAUCGACCCUUAAAACGGCUCAAGGGGCUCCUACUGCUACAUCUUCAACGCUGUUGCCACCUCAGGAGGCAGCUAUGAAACUUGAAGCCAUGAAGUGCUUAGUAGCCAUAUUGAAAUCAAUGGGAGAAUGGUUGAACAAGCAGUUGCGCCUGCCAGUUUCUAAUUCGCUGAAUAAAUCUGAAGCACUUGAGAUCGAUCUGGGACCCGGAAGUCCUCAGUUGGCAAAUGGAAAUGCUGAUGAGUCUGCUGACGGAUCAGAUACCUAUUCUGAAUCUCCAGGAGGUACAUCUGAUGCUCUGGCCAUCGAGCAGCGCCGGGCUUACAAGCUCGAACUUCAGGAAGGUAUUUCUCUUUUUAAUCGGAAGCCAACAAAAGGCAUUGAGUUUCUCAUCAAUGCGGGUAAGGUGGGUGAGUCUCCUGAAGAAAUAGCAGCUUUUCUCAAAGAUGCGUCAGGGUUAAAUAAAUCUUUGAUAGGCGAUUAUCUUGGGGAAAGAGAAGAGUUACAUCUCAAGGUGAUGCAUGCGUAUGUGGAUUCUUUUGAUUUCCAAGAGAUGGAAUUUGAUGAGGCAAUAAGAACCUUUCUGGAAGGUUUUAGGCUGCCAGGAGAAGCACAAAAGAUUGACCGAAUCAUGGAAAAGUUUGCUGAACGUUACUGCAAGUGUAAUCCUAAGGUGUUUACUAGUGCAGACACAGCUUAUGUUCUUGCAUAUUCUGUGAUCAUGCUCAAUACUGAUGCCCACAAUCCCAUGGUGAAGAACAAGAUGUCUGCCGAUGACUUUAUUAGAAACAAUCGGGGAAUAGACGACGGAAAAGAUUUACCUGCGGACUACAUGAGAUCGCUGUAUGAACGGAUAACUAAGAAAGAGAUAAAGAUGAAAGAAGAUGAUUUAAAUUUGCAACAGAAACAAUCCACAAGCUCAAACAGAAUGCUUGGUUUGGAUGGUAUAUUAAACAUAGUGAUCCGUAAGCAGGGGGGAGAUUCAUAUGUUGAAACAAGCGAUGAUCUGAUGAAGCAUAUGCAAGAGCAGUUUAAGGAAAAAGCUCGCAAAUCAGAGUCAACCUACUAUGCUGCAACAGAUGUGGUUAUUCUCCGAUUCAUGAUUGAGGCUUGUUGGGCUCCUAUGCUUGCUGCAUUCAGUGUGCCGCUAGACCAGAGUGAUGAUUUGACAGUUAUCCACUUAUGUCUGGAAGGCUUCCACCAUGCAAUCCAUGCUACUUCGUUGAUGUCAAUGAAGACUCAUAGAGAUGCUUUUGUGACUUCACUAGCGAAGUUCACUUCACUUCACUCCCCAGCGGAUAUCAAGCAAAAAAAUAUUGAGGCCAUUAAGGCGAUUCUCAAACUUGCUGAUGAAGAGGGCAACUAUUUGCAAGAUGCCUGGGAGCAUAUACUAACUUGUGUUUCCCGUUUUGAGCAACUACAUCUCUUGGGAGAAGGUGCUCCUCCCGAUGCCGCUUUUUUUGCUUCCAAGCAAAAUGAGUCAGAGAAAUCAAAGCAACCCAAACUAAAUGUGCUUCCUGUUCUGAAAAAGAAAGGUCCCGGGAAAAGUCAAUAUGCAGCUACCGGUGUCCUGAGGGGUUCAUAUGACAGCAUGAGUUUUGGUGGAAAAGGUUCUAGGAACGUGAGACAAGACCAGAUGAGCAGUAUAGUCUCUAAUUUAAACCUGUUGGAGCAGGUUGGUGAAAUGAAUCUAAUAUUCGCACAGAGUCAGAAUCUGAACAGUGAAGCUAUAAUAGACUUUGUUAAAGCUCUCUGCAAAGUUUCUAUCGAUGAGUUGCGGUCUCCUUCUAAUCCACGCGUUUUUAGCCUCACAAAGAUUGUUGAGAUAGCGCAUUAUAACAUGAACCGCAUAAGGCUUGUUUGGUCAAGCAUCUGGCAAGUGCUAUCGGGUUUCUUUGUGACCAUUGGAUGCUCAGAGAAUCUUUCUAUUGCAAUUUUUGCGAUGGACUCUUUGCGCCAGUUGUCAAUGAAAUUCCUGGAACGGGAGGAGUUGGCUAAUUACAACUUCCAGAACGAGUUUAUGACACCUUUUGUCAUUGUUAUGCGUAGAAGUAAUGAUGUUGAGAUCAGAGAACUUAUCAUCCGAUGUGUUUCUCAGAUGGUAUUGUCGCGUGUAAAUAAUGUUAAGUCGGGAUGGAAAAGCAUGUUCAUGGUUUUUACCACAGCAGCAUAUGACGACCACAAGAAUAUUGUUUUUCUAUCCUUUGAGAUUAUCGAGAAGAUUAUUCGAGAAUAUUUCCCAUACAUAACUGAGACAGAAACCACCACUUUUACAGAUUGUGUGAACUGCCUUGUUGCAUUCACCAACAACAGGUUUAGCAAGGAUAUCAGUCUCCGGUCCAUCGCUUUCCUCCGGUAUUGUGCAACAAAGCUUGCAGAAGGAAAUCUUAAAUCACCAUCAACGAACAAAGACAAGGAAACUUCCGGAAAGACUCCUCAGUCAUCUCUCCAAACAGGAAAAAGCGGAAGACUAGAGAACGGAGAGAUCGUAAACAGCAAUAAUCAGCUAUACUUUUGGUUUCCUCUACUAGCAGGCUUGUCAGAGCUUAGUUUCGAUCCAAGACCAGAAAUCAGGAAAAGUGCUCUACAGAUUCUGUUCGACACCUUACGCAACCACGGCCACUUAUUUUCUCUCCCAUUAUGGGAAAAAGUAUUCGAAUCUGUGUUAUUUCCUAUAUUUGACUACGUACGGCAUGGUAUUGAUCCAACUGGCGGAGACGAGUCUCCAGAUCAAGGAAGUCAUGGUGAUGUGGACGAGAUAGACCAUGAUGCUUGGCUAUACGAGACCUGCACGUUAGCACUACAGCUUGUUGUGGAUCUCUUUGUCAAAUUCUACACUACAGUCAAUCCACUUCUAAAGAAAGUACUAAUGCUUCUUGUGAGCUUCAUAAAGAGACCUCACCAGAGCCUUGCAGGGAUUGGUAUCGCUGCGUUUGUUCGUCUUAUGAGCGACGCUGGUGUCUUGUUUUCUGAAGAGAAAUGGUUAGAAGUAGUGUCGUCUUUGAAAGAAUCGGCCAAGACGACGUGUCCAGACUUUUCUUAUUUCCUCAGCGAAGAGUAUGUGGAGAGAAGCCAGAGAAAUGCAGAGUCUGUGGCUCCAGUUGGCUCGGAUGGUAAUGAAGAGAGUCAGACAACAGCACUCCGCCUUUACGCCGCUAUCUCUGAUGCUAAGUGCCGUGCUGCUGUUCAGCUUUUGUUGAUUCAGGCUGUGAUGGAGAUCUACAACAUGUACAGACCUCAGCUCUCAGCGAAAAACACGUUAGUUCUCUUCGACGCAUUGCACGGUGUAGCGUUACAUGCUCACAGCGUAAACAGCAACUCGAUACUCCGUUCAAGACUACAAGAGCUAGGACCCAUGACGCAAAUGCAAGAUCCUCCACUACUUCGUCUCGAGAACGAGUCUUACCAAAUCUGCCUCACGUUCUUACAGAAUCUCGUCACAGACGAAAGCAAAGAAGCAGGAGAAGAAGAAGAAGAGGAAAUAGAGUCACUCCUAGUCAAAACCUGUCAAGAAGUUCUCAACUUCUACAUCGAAACCUCUUCUUCUGCGAAAAAACAACAGUCAGAGUCAUCACGAGGAAGCGGGUACCGAUGGAGGAUACCUCUGGGAUCAGGGAAACGAAGGGAGUUAGCAGCAAGAGCUCCUCUUAUAGUUGCAACACUCCAAGCGAUGUGUACAUUGGAAGAAGCAUCGUUUGAGAAGAACAUGAAGUCUCUGUUUCCACUUCUGGCUAGCUUGAUUAGCUGCGAACACGGGUCUAGUGAGGUUCAGGUUGCUCUUGCCGACAUGCUCGGCUUAUCGGUUGGUCCAGUUCUACUCCAGUGGUGCUGAUUUUUUUUUUGGGUUUGGCUUUCAAUAUUUUCAUUUCGGAUUGUGAUGUUAAAUGAUUGCCUAUAGAGAGCUCUCUUUUUAUUCAACGGUUCAAAUAUAUAAAACUCGCCUAUUUGGAUUUGAUGGGCUUAAGUUACCUUAGGCCCAACCCACCUGCAAACUACGCCGUAUUUGUCUGCACGUAGUUGGUAUAACGGUCAACGUCUCUGUAUAUAACGAUUAGAUUUUCUACGUGGCAAGUAGUCAUGAGCACAAUAGUCAAAACCCUAAAGUAGACACACUCCUUGUCUUUAUUUCUUCAGUUUCAGGCUUCUCCAGUAUGCUCACCCUCUAACGCCUGAGACUCUGAGAGCUCAAUCUAUUUCGCCGUCGUUGCAACGUUCUCAGCUUCGAUCAUCUACACUGUGCGUACUAUUAGCAUCACCGCCUCCAUCUGAUCCGUCGCUCAUCUCUCUCGUUGUCUAUUAGAAUCCUGAUUGAAUUUCACCUUGAAAGAUGACAGCUUUGAAAGGUUACGGCUUGAUUUCCGUUGACUCUGCCCUCCAUUUCCCUCGUCCACAUCAACUCGAGGGCUACAAGAG